GAGGUGGAAGCGAACUUAUAAAGUAAGGCGCGGGUCUUUAGCACUUUCAUUUAUGUUGCAUUUGUGUGGAGAAAAGUGAGAUGUGCUGUGGUCAUAAGUAAAAAAUGGAUGCGCUGUGUGGGUUGUCGAUUAUGUUAGCGGUGUCUGCGGUGCACGGCGGUGGAGUUACUAAGCCUUCUGGUCUUGCCCAGUUUUGGAUGGAUGACAUUAAAGUGCUAGACCAAAUAUAUGGAAAGACGUCCGAUAAACAGCUUUACGGAUCAACUUUACCACCAACUAUAACUUUUGAUUUUGAUUUAAAUAAAAAAAUUAAAGCACAAGAAUCAAAAAAGAAGGAACGCUUUGCCUCCAUUGACAAUGAAGAUUUAGGUUCUGAAGAGCAAUUUCACCCUUUUACGUUCGGAGACCGUUACGCUCAGCUAUUCAGCAAGAACCUUAAAAGUGAAAAAACAAAGAAGACGAAACCGUUGAAUUUUGUAGGAUUAUCAAACUUCAAACCAAUUAGCCAUUCAAGUGAUCCAGAAAUGUACAGUUACCUCAGACACCUUGAAGAUUUCCAAAAAUACAAAGCCGAUCUAUCAGAAACCGAAAGUGAUUUUAAGCCCUAUACAGCGAAAACGGAAGAAGAAGAAGCAUAUAGAAGCAUUCAAGAUAUCCUUGAUGCUCACGAAUCUAAUAAGGGACGUAAGGCUGAAUCAGAUUUUAAUGAUAGUAUCGAGAAGUAUCCAAAAUAUCAGCCUAAAGAUGAGGAGGAAUUCCCUCGAUACGCUGCAAAGGCAAAGCCAAUGAAGAGCAAAGUCAGGUUCUUGAAGAAUAACAAUUUACGUCCAAGAUGCCGUUCGGGUAGGUGCAGGAAAAGACUUUCCACUUCCUACAGAUCCGGUACACGACCUUACAUCCGGAAAAUCAAGCGUUAUAGAAUUGCAUAAUUGGCAAUAUUUCAAUUAUGUUACAUUCGAUUUUAUUGUAAUAGGUCUGCCAGUUGCAUAUUUGAAUUGGCAUAAUAAGCUUUGAGACUGCCCACUUGUGCAAUAUUUAUAAUUAACUAUUUAAGAUUGUUAUGUUUGUUAAAUUAUUAUUGUAAUGUUAAGUUAAACACUGUUGAUCGUGUGAAAUAAAACUCAUUUUAUCUUA